CGGGAUAUUAUGUAUGGCCGAGCGCGCCUAGACGCAGAGAAAUUGAUGUCGAAAACGACUUGAAGAACGGCGAAGGAAGCUCCGUCUUAGACGUCCGAGCGUCCUACAGCUUGAAGGAACGACGCACUCUGACGGACCGAUCUGGUUGCUUCUAGACUUUCUCAACGGCGAACGUUCUCGUGUUGCUAUUGAAUUAUCGAUUCUCGGUGUUGGAUUGUUGAACUGUUGGCUUGUUGGUUUCCAAUUCGAACCCUGAACGAUCGCUUGCAAUGGACGCCUCGAAGAGUUUGAUGGCAUCGAUUGCGCUGGGUGCAGUAGUCUACUACAUCAUCAGCGCAGUAUACUAUGCCUUCUUCCACCCACUGUCUAAAUACCCAGGGCCUUUUUUCGCUCGCUUCUCCAGCUGGCCUUCGUUCUUGCAUACAACAAAAGGGGAUCGCCACAUAUGGUUCUGGCAGCUGCACGAAGUCUAUGGACCAAUUGUCCGCUACAAGCACGACAGCGUCGUGAUAACCACACCGGAGGCGCUCCGCACGAUAUACGAUUCUCGAGCAAAUGUCAAGAAAGCCGCGGCGUACGGGGUAUGGCCCAAAAAAGCAGAGUCUCCAAACACCUUUUCCUGCAUCGAUAAAGUCAAACAUGCGCGAAGAAGGAGGAUUCUCAAUGCCGCUAUAUCUGACCGCGCGAUCAAGUCCGCGGAGCCAUACGUGAUCAAGCAUGUGGAUCGAUGGUUCGAGCUGCUUAAAGGAGAAGAUGGCAAAUGGGGCGAGUCGACGAACAUUGCGCUUUCCGCGGAUAGCCUGCAAUUCGACAUUAUGGCUGAACUGUGCUAUGGGAAGUCGUUCGAUACGAAGGAGCCCGGAGAGAACAAAUUGAGGAGCAUUCCGCAUGAUAUCGUGGAAUUCAUGUGGCUGAACUUCAGAAUUAUGCACUCUCCAUUCGUCCAUAUUUGGGUCUGGCUCAAACCGAGAGGACUGGAUAUCGCGUUCGGGAAUCUGAUGCCGAAGAAGAUUAAGAACUACGUCGACUUUGUAGCAGAGUGCGUUGAAGAGCGAUUGAAGCAGGAGGAAAGUGUCGAGAAGAAAGGAGGUGAAGCGACCAGGAAAGACAUGCUCCAUUACCUGUUCCAAGCCAAGGAUCCGGAGACGGGGCAGCGCGGCUAUACACGAGAGGAUCUCCUGGAAGAAGCAGACAUGCUGACUGUCGCCGCGACCGAUACAACGGCCGCCGCAAUGGCAGCUGCCUUCUUUUAUCUGAGCCGGAACAAAACCGCGUACGAGAAGCUCAAAAGCGAAAUUCGCAAUACCUUCACUGAUGUGACCGAGAUCGGGCUUGGUCCUCGUCUCAAUGGUUGCAAAUAUCUGGACGCAGUCAUCAACGAAACGCUGCGAAUGAGUUCGCCAGGCUCGAACGAGUUCCCCAGGGAGGUCCUCGCGGGAGGAAUCCGCAUAGGCGAUCAAUAUCUCCCACCAGGUACGAACGUAGGCUGCUGCCUCUACGCACUGUUCCAUGACCAGAACAUAUUUGGCGAUCCAUGGGUGUUCCGACCUGAACGUUGGAUCGCGGGCGAAGGCGGCUCUGCCGAAGGCCUAGACGCUGCUGAGAAGACCCUUGCCCCUUUUCUGUUCGGCGUUCGCGGGUGUCCUGGGAAGAACUUGGCCCUUAUGGAACUCCACGUGGUCUUGGCGAGAUUGCUUCAUGGUUAUGAGUUCAGGCUGGCCCCGAAUGAUCAGACCGGCGAAGGGAACGUUGGUCUGGGAUGGGGAAGGCAAUGUAAAGCUCAGUAUCAGACUCGGGAUGCGUUCGUCCCGAUGCGGAAUGGGCCUUUCAUACAAUUCGCGUCGCGGGCAUGAUACGUUUGAUAGAGUACAAUGGUAUCUUUUGACCGUGUUGACAGAAGAAUGCUGAUCUUGGUUCGUAGCGUAGAAAUCGCAGAGAGGGAUGUUCCGCAUGUAUCGAUAUCGAAGUUUGUGUGAACGUUCGGUAGUGUUGUAAACUCACGGAAGGACAUCUGGGAUAUUGUCGGAGGCUGUUCGAUUCGUGCCGUUCAUUCGUGUUCCUUCCCCCGCUGCUCUCUCAGAUGCAGGUCGUCUUCACGUGGUUACAGGGCAACGCGUUCUUCUCGUCACCAAUGACUCCCUCUGAUGCAGUUUCUCGUAUCUCAUUGAGGGCAUGCCUCGACAGCGGCGCGUCAAACACUCUCGCCACUCCGGGAGGAUUAUAGACGGACCGGCUUUGCCUCGAUCCCCUCCGGCAGAG